AUGAGAGUUGCCGGCAGCACUCGCGCUGCCUUACGUCAAGUUCUGCUAAGUCGGGACUUGGCGGACCAAACCGAUGCAGUGCUCGACAGAGCCGUACGACUUGCCAGGCAGGAAGUGGGAAGGAGGCGGCCCACCAAUCUCGAAGAAGAGCGUUCCGCUUUCUCAGCUGCACUCAGCGGGCUUGGAGGCUUGACGCAGCCAUACGAGAUUGAUUGGGAAGUCGAAGAUUUCAGCUCGCUGAUGUGGGAAUUGUGGUCAAGUGCGACGCAGGGCACUCAGUCAGCGACGCGUCUUCCAUGCUUGUCAGAAGACGAAGAGGCCUGGCAAGAGUCAUGUGCAGAAUUGCUGGAAGCAUUGCGAGCAAGCCAGACUUGGCCGCUGGCCAAAUGGCAUUUGAGAGCUGUCGGGAUAUGCUGGUUGUUGGCAGUUUUGUGCAUCGCUGCCAUCCAAUACGGAACGUGGACUGGCCGCCAGCGACUCGGCUUGGUGUGCGGCAUUGGAAUGUUUCCGUUGUUCGGUGAGCUGUUGCGCAGAUAUACUUUCGACACCACCGACUUGCAGUUCACCCAGCCGAGCAGGCGCACUGAAGAUGUCGCUGGCGAUCCGAGUGCAGGAGUUAUAAUGCCAGAGCAUGGGACCAGCAACGUGGGCGCUGACGGGACAGCCCCUACGGAGUUGAUGCAGUCACUCAGUGCCUUAGCGCAGGUUCCUGUCCCUUCGGCUCGACUUCCUGCGGCUUCCACGGUUCGCUGGCGCCCUGCCCUAGGUCAGGCCGUGAUCGUGACUGACACGCCUCCGUACCAAGACUUCAAAGAUGAAUUGGGUGCAGUUGUCUCUGUGCAUGAUUCCGGCCUCGUGGACAUUGCGUUGUGCAGUGGUGCGAUGCUGUACCAGGUCCUGGGCACAUCUUUGAAGGUUGCACAGCUCCGCGGUGAUGAGCCCGAAUGCGAACAGCUGGCGCGGCUCAGCUCCAAGGCUUUGGAAUCUGCACCGGGCAAGGGGGCGUCCUUGUCAGAAAUUGACCAUAAGCACGCCACGUAUGCUCCGCUUUCCAUGGCUGCCAUUGAAGCCACUCAAUCCCAAGCACGAGUUGUGAAGAACUUAUUGGUCAAGUGGUCGGCUCGUGCGGCCCUCAUUCCAAGUUGGUCGCGUAGCUUCUGGAAGGAAGUCGGUGAGCAAGGCAAGUUCGAAUAUCGUGUGGAGGCGUUGCUCAAGUCAUUCGGUUAUCUCGGAAAUGGAAGCGGAACACCUCCGCGCGUCGCGGAGCUGAAAGAAAAGCUUGCGGAGCUUGAAAGCAGUGGUGCGUUGGCUCAUUCCACGGCUCUGUUUGACAAUGGUUUGCUGGAUGCACACGACACAGAGAUAGAUGAGGAGGAUGCCGGAGGUUGGGAGGCCAGUCUCCCGCCAGACAUGAAACGGGCAGGCCCAGAAAUUUAUGCGUCCUUUCGUGCUUCCGGAGCCCGAAGUGCCAGGGAGUGGCUCAAUCAGAUGAUUCCGCUUGAUCGUCGAGGAGAUGCGCUAUAUUUGGACCUCUUCAAUCAAGCUUCGUUGGUGGACUUCGCCGUGAAGGAUGCGAAGGGCUCCCAAGCUCAAGCAUUAUCUCUGAUUGCUCGCAGCGAUACUGCGGAAGUGGCUCUGAGGAGACUGGCAUCGUAUGUGCAUGAGAAAAGAACCGGUGAUCGUGAUGCGGCAGUGUCCAUGCUCGCCAUCAAACCUACCAACCUAUCUCAUGACAUUGCUCCGGCAUGGCUGGUGUCAGAGGCUGCCUUAUUUGCUCAGAGUGAGCAUAAGAGGCGUGAGCGGGCCAAAGCGCAACGAGGCGACGCUAAGGGCACCAGUGGUCAAGCAAAAGGCUCAUCGAAAGGAGAUGGUCGGGGGCGAGGUGACAAACGCCCCAAAGGCGGCGAGGCGCCGAGGGUGACACCACCUGCUACUUGUAGCACACAGACAGCCUUUUCUUCCGCUGAUGGUGAAGUGUUUCCGUUGCCGUUGCUUCCGCCACCCGUGAUCCCAGCCUCGACCUCAGCACGAUCGCGCAACAGGUAUACUAAGAAGUUGCGGCUUUGGAAGUACGCAGUCGGUUUGAUUCAUUUCUUGAAUUUCAUGCAUGUGGGCACCAAUAGACACACCAAGAAGCUUUAUGGGGCAGCGCUGGUUGAUGAACCGAACCAGGCCCAGAAAGCUUUAGCAAAGAUGGUCUCCGGGCCCGCCGGGAGGUCCCUCCGACAGGCGCAGCCGGCCGUCGCGGCGCUCGUCAAAUCCGCGAAGGUGGAUGCGAUGGGUUAUGCGACGGUUUCCAAGACGCAUGCCCAAGUGCCCAUGGACGCUUCUCGCAUUGUUGAGCCGUCGGAUGAACAAGUAGUCGACAUGUUGCAAGCACUUCCGCAAGAUGAACGUCAAUUUUAUGCACGCGAAGAGAACGUCGUCGAACUUCUGGGUAAAAGUACUGUCAUUCAACAAGAACUGGAACAGCAGUAUGCUUUCGUUGGUGGUAGCCUCGAUGAGUACCUGAAGUAUUUUCAUCGGCAGGACAUUCCAACAAACAUGUGGGAGUGGAAGUGCUUCCGUGAUGUGAAAGCAGUCGCUGGCUUUUCGGUGGUUCCCAAGAAAGAUGGGCGUUCUCAGCGCAAGCGACAAGCUUUCACACGGGUAGCAGUGCCCGCUUGGAUGAUUCCGUAUCUAGCCGCUCCCCCUAUCACUGCUGGGUCGGUCUGGGGAUUGCUGCCUGACAGCCUAAAGGCGACCAUCAGUGAAUUUGACUUGGUAUCUCCAUGUUACAAUCGGUUACCGAUGGGCUGUAGCCAUUCUGUUCACAUUCUAAUGAUGAUCAACCUGCAGGUCAUAGGGCGGUCCCUGCGAGCGAAUGCCUCGAUGGGCACAGGCCAAGAUGACAUUCCGCAUGUAGAAGAGCCAAGUACAGCGGUUGAAACAUCAGGGUGUGAGUAUUCGUUUUAUGGCUGCAGUGAUGAUGAAUGGUGGUCUCGCUUUCAAGUUGGAGUUCGACCGCGUUUCGAUUCGGGCUACUCCGUGCAGGAGUGGUGGGAUGCAAUCCGCGCAGCGCGUUCAUCCAGCGACCGCACGAUUGUUGUCAUGAACUUCUUCGGAGGGGAACGCACAGACGGUGACGUGCAGGAAUAUGUCGAAAAGCUCGCCGCAGAGGCAAACCUCAAAGUGUUGAUGAUCACAGUUGACCUUGGUUGUGACUCUCGCUGGGAUGUUGCGCAGCCGGAAACCUUUCAUGACAUCAUGCGUAUGCUGGAAGGCUAUAUUGAUCGUCGGGGGUCCGCCAUGCUCGACGGUGUCUCGAGCCAGACAUCGCCGCGGAGGUGA